CAACAGCAACGACAACAAUGGCUGCCAAGCCACAAGGAGACAUCCGCAAUGCAGACGAUAUUUUCGAUGACAUUGUCCUCAUAGAGCAGAAAUUACAUCUUGAUGGUUACAACGAAGGAUAUUUUGAAGGGCAGCUUGUCGGUGAUGUAGAAGGGUUCAAGCUUGGUGUUGAAAGAGGCAAAGCAUUUGGACAAGAGGUCGGCUUUUAUCAUGGGUUUUGUUCAACUAUGCUUAUGUUACAAGAUGAAGAUUGUGGAAGCCAAAGAUUGGUCAAAGUUUUGCAGCAAAUGAAAACAAAACUACUGAAGAUGGAAAAUAAGGGUUUGGAUCCACAGGACCAAAGUCUUUUUGAUGAUUUAGAAACAGUUAGAGCUAAAUUCAAGCAGGUAUCCUCACUGAUGAAUGCAACACCUCAGUAUGGUAGUGCCCCUGCAACAAGUGAUCAUGCAUUUUAGUUCUACACUAACUUGUCAGAUGUCUCCCCACUAAGCUGUCUGCCUUCUCCUCCUGAAAGUUAGGAACUUUGACAAUACAGUGCUAUCACUCUGGAUUACUUGUAUGAGUGAUUGAAGCUGUCUUUGAGAGGUGAAAAGGGGACCAAAACAGAUUUCAAACUGGGCAGAUUUCCUGGAAAUAUAGAACUGGAAAGAUUUCCAAACAAAGGAGAGGCAGAGAUUGGGUUGCAGCACAUGCUACUGAGCAUAGACUGGUUCACUUAGCCUGCAUGCAGCUCUACUGUUUUCAACUUGGCCCCUCUGUUUCCUUUUUCUUUUUUUCCGUUAAGUUGAAUUAACAAUUUAUUGUUUCUACUGGGAGCCAAACAAUAAAUUUUUAAUUCAACUCAACAGAAAGAUAGAAAAAGGAAACAGAGGAGCAGAGUUGAAAACAGUAGAGUUUGCACGCAGGCUAGGUUCACCAAGAUGAAAAUACAUCUGUGAAAAAUGGAAUUGCAGAAAGCUGUUGCU